AUGCACAAGUUAAUGAACAGUGUCAAAGAAUGGCGUGGUUCCAGGAAGGAGUCGACUCCUGAGUUGAACCGGAGUCAGUAUUCCCUGGUCUCCUGUGGUGAGCUGACUGCUGGGGCUGUACAAUUAUGGCUUGGUCUCCCGGAAGAGGUCAAAUACGACCCUGCUUUGGCACCUUUUCGAAAAUUCUACGAGAAAGAACAUGGCACAGAGUCAGCUCAAUUAAAAGGCCGGAACACAACAAGAUCGAGACUGCCCUUCGUGAGUUCGGCACCACAGAUCACAAACAGCGUCCAAGUAUUUGUUGAUGAUAAAAGCGGAAACAAACUGUCCGAUAAUCAGGUCGUGGAAAAUGAAGGUGAGGGCAACUCAAAAGCGGCAAAGAAAAAAGCAAAGAUAGCCAAAAUCGUACACUACGUAAAAAUGACUGCACUUAUAGCAACAUGGAUGUUUUUCACCAUUGUUUUUCUAUUAUACAACGAAACAGAGGAGAUUUAUAAGAUAUCUUACGCCGCACCUCGAGAAAUCAAAAACUUCAUUGUCCUAAAUUCAACAACACUAGAAGUGACAAUGUUGCUGACGUUAAAAGGGCCGUUUCUCAGUGACACAGCACAGGAGAAACUGAACAAAACUGAACUGGAAAACUCGCCAAAAAUCAUAGUUUGGCUAUCACCAUGGAAUGAUACCAAACCACCUAUACAGCCUAAGGACGCGUGGACUUUGAUCCUUCAAAAAGAUGACCUGGACUACAAUAUAGGUGAACGUAGAUCUGGUAAACUUCGGUCGACACCGGCGAAUACGGAAAAUACUGGUUCCUUUGCAAUUCAUAUACGUACAGAAGGUACUGAGAAGACCGUACCGUUUAUGAUGACAUUCCAACUCAAUCCCCUGGAUGCCGCCAAGGGGGUCCUUUAUGCAACAUUGCUUCUCUGUGGAUUGUACACUCUUAUUAUUACAGAGAUAAUAAACCGUACAAUGGCAGCAGUCCUUAUAAGCACAACAUCCCUUGCAGUGCUCUCCAUAGUUGGACAGAGGCCGACCAUUCCAGAGCUGAUAUCCUGGUUGGACGUGGAAACCCUGUUGCUACUUUUCAGCAUGAUGAUCUUGGUCGCCAUUAUGGCCGAAACCGGAAUGUUUGACUUUGUAGCUGUUUUUACUUUUAAGGUAAGACUAAUCGUCGAUCCCACAAAGCCUAAAAUUAAGGCAUUUAACCAGUGCGUUCUACCAGUUAUGUCCUACGCAGCCAAAACGUGGACAUUAACAACAAGCCUCGUCCACAAAUUUUAA